CAUAUAUAUAAGGUUUAUAUGAUAGCUAAAUAAGACCACAUAUUUUCCCACUGGUUCUAUGCCCACUACUGUUAUAACAACGACUUUUUUUUAUAUGUUGAAAGUAUACUGAAAGAUGAAACCAUAGUUGUUGCUAUUGGUGAAAACAAGGACAUUUGUGAAGUUUGUCUUUAUAAACAAGGAGGGAUAUUUUGUCAAUAUCAAACUUCAAAAAAUCACUAAACAGAGAAAUGGAAGAGAAGAGAGCUUUGUUAAAGUUAAAACCCUUCAAAUUAUGCUUUUUUUUUUUUCUCGCGCAAACUCCCAACUAUUUUAUUAUUUAAUAUUUUUAGAAAAUUUUACGGACUCGGAUAUCCAAAAACAACGGAUCCGGAUACUUUCAAGGUUCAACACCCAAGCAUUGUAACAAACGGAAGAACAAGCUAGGGUUCUAAAAGUUAAAACUAUGGAGCCAUCAAGGAUGAGAAAAAUCCAGAGAACAACACAAUCUUCAGAUGAUAAUGAUAGAUCUCAAAGAGAGCAUAUUCCUCUCGAUUUAAUCGUGGAGAUAUUCUCAAGACUGCCAUCAAAAUCGAUUGUGAGAUUUAGGUCCGUUUCUAAGCUCUGGUCUUCAACCACCACCACUCCAUAUUUCACCAGCUCUGUCGUGACACGGUCCUUGUCAUCGCGGCCUUGUGUUCUGCUAAACUUCAGAAAAGACGACAAGCUGUUCUGUUUUGCGUCUCCAGUACACCAGAAGAAGACUUGUCCUAGAGUGGAGAAUUUUCAAUUUACAAUCCCCAAUAAUGGUAAACUUCAACGUUAUGAAUCCGUCCACGGCUUGAUUUACUUGGAAACUUCUACAAAUGUCAUGUUUAUUAGAAACCCUAUCAUGAAAACCUUCUACACGUUACCGAAACUUGAUAGCAACGAAGGCAGACCCCUAACGGGAUUUUUGGGAUAUGAUCCGAUCAACGGUAAGUACAAAGUACUAUGCAUACUUAAAGAGAGAAACAAGAUUGGGAUUCUUACAUUGGGAGCACAAGAAUCAUGGAGAAUAUUAACUAAAGGCUUCCUUAGUCAUUACAAAGUGACAGGUUGUGCAAAAUGCAUUGAUGGAGUCAUCUACUAUGAAGGUUCUUUUGGUGAUGGUUUAAGACAAGAGCUUGCCAUAAUGAGUUUUGAUCUAAGAUCUGAAAAGUUCAGUUUGAUUAAACAUCCGAAGAAAAAUAGCAUAGCUACAUUUUGGUCAUGUUAUGAGGGGAGAUUAGCUUUGGUAAGUUCCAUUGCUUCUGGAGUUGAAUUAUGGAUUUUGGAGGAUGCUGAGAAUCACAAACAAUGGAUAUCUAAACAAUUUCCUUCACAUCGUGAAUUCAUCAAAGGGAGAUGGAAGUUGAAGGGUGUUACUCAUACUGGUGAAUUCAUUUACACAUCUUAUAGAUCUUAUUUACUUACGGUUUCAGAAAGGAUUUUAUAUCAUUGGUUCCGUAUUUUGUAUGUUGAUCCGAAGAGAAACAGUAUGAGGGUAGUUAUGUAUGGAGGAAUUGCCGUUGACGAUAUUAGGCGACUUGAUGAAGUUGGAUCUGAUCUUAUGAAAGGCUUGACUGUCAUACCAAGUCACAUUGAGAUUUGAGGGUCUGAUCACCAUGUUGUUGUAAGAGUUUUCUUCAUUUUUCUUUUGUUCAAGUUAUGCAAAUUUUGUUAAGAGUUUUUCUUUUAAUUACUGACUCACUGAAUCCAAUUGAGGGAUUUUGUCAUGAUAUAAUAAAUUCCUUAAAAUAUCGUGGUAGUGAAGUAAUACCUGACUCUGA